AUGGAGAGAGGCCUUCAUCGUCGCAAGGAGAUGAGGGAGAUGUCAAGGAGUCAGAUCGAAACAGCGGUCGAGUCUGGUGAACAAUUCCCGCAAUACGCCGUGGCUCGGGUACCCGGGGCGGUGAAGACUAUAACAUCGAAACGAGGUCCUGUGAGGCGCGCUUCGACGGCAAUAGCGCCACUAGUGUCCGGGCGUGAAGCAGCCGCCGCCGCCGCCGCCGCCGCCCCCGCCACCGCCGCUGCCGCCGCUCCGGGCCCCCACCCUGUCCCGGCCGCCGCGGCUGCCACAGCAUCGCUCCGGCGUCCAUGGACCGCCCUCACGCAGCUGCUCGAUUCAACAGCCGUGAUCAGAGUAAAUGAGUGUGUGUCCUAUCGUGAGGGACGUAAAGAUUAA